GCUCGCAGCGCGCCAGUAUGCGCCGACGUUUCUAGAUAUCAGACCCGGCUCUUGCGCGCACCUGCGUCUAAGAAUCCAUAAAGCCGGUUCGAUAGUUACAGGCUACAGCUGGAUUGGACGCAUUCUGAUUUGGCUUGUACGCAUUUACCGCUGAACUCCGCAUAGCCUUGCGAUCACCUCACACGCACGAUGCAGCUGUACGUUUACUUGUCGCUGGCGGCCAUGUCCCUGAUGAUCGUUUGCGUUCAAGGCGCCCCGAACGCACGCAUGACGGGAUCCGGCUCUGGGCGAGCACAAAAUAAUGGUGGUGGCCGACGCAACAUGGCGAUAGACUUUGAUGACGUGGAUGCGAACGCACCACGGCGACGAAAUCCGUUGGAAAACAGAGGCGAAAGGGACGACAAUGGUCGUCUGAAGAAGAACGUGAACCCGAAUAGGGGUGGCUUCGGUACUGCAAAGUUUGGCAGGAUGAAAACUAAGUGGCUCCAACUUGCCAACAUGGCGCAGACGUUUCACGCAAGGACUACCUUUCAGAAAACCCCCACGGCCGAUGACUGGGAUGGGCUAUUCGGGGACGUGGCAGCCACUGAGGAAUUGAUCGACAGGUUUACGAAAUCUUUCGAGAAAGUACGGCGCAAGAAGCUUAACGCACGAGGGACGGGCAAUAGCAGGACGGUAACCGGCGCAAGUGACGCUGUGACCAAUGUUGCGAGCGGUGGCUCCAGACAGCAGGGUAGCCGCUCGCAGAGGCGGCGGAACAGCCGGUCGACUGUAGUAUCAGAAGCGACCAUACGCUGGCCGCUUAACAAACCGAUACAGUUCGUCAUAGCCGACCACAGCGCGGAAUCCGAGGCCGUUAUUCGGGCUGCUAUCGACCACUACGAGGAAAAUACAUGUAUUCGGUUUGACGAGAGAACUGCAGAUACCGUCAGUGACGACUAUUAUCUGAAGUUCAUCAAGGGUAGUGCGUGCUACUCGUUCGUAGGCAAGGUUUUACAAGGUGGCCAGAUAAUAUCCAUUGGAGAGGAUUGUGACGAGCUAGGUAUAGUUGUCCAUGAGAUUGGUCAUGCACUAGGACAGGAGCACGAGCAGAAUAAACCUAAUAGAGAUGCCUACAUCAACGUCGACUACAACAACGUAUUGCCCAACAAAGUUCCUAACUUCAUCAAGACAGAUGAGGAGGAUGUCUUGGACUUGAACCUACCCUACGACUACAGAAGCAUUAUGCACUACGGCCAAUACAUUUUUACCAGUAACAACUUGCCGACGAUGAGGACCUUAAUCGACCAGCCAAAGGAGAAACAAAGAAUUGGACAGGAGGAAGGACUGUCAUACAUAGACAUCAGAACCAUCAACAAUGUUUACUGUGCAGGUGCCUGCACUGGGAAUAACCUUUGUAUGCGAGGAUUUCCGCACCCGAACGACUGCACACGCUGCAUCUGCACUCCCGAUUUCACUGGGCAGCACUGCGAGAGCCUGCUGCCACCUACUGGCACAACUGUUCAUGGCAAUACCAUGCAACUAGAGUGUGCCAGUAUUGGCUCCAUGAAUAUCAGCUUAGAGCCAGAAAGCCAGAAGGCCAAAACUUCUCUACUGUUGUCGUCACCUCCUGGGAGUCAUGUAUCGGUGAAGCUAACUGACAUGGACACCAUUCAUUACGUGAACAAGACAACAAGAGAACCUAUCAUUGAGCGUGGAUGCUUGGACAGCUGUGAGAUCAAGACAAAUCCAGAGAUCAUAGGAUAUAGGUACUGCACAGGAGUGCCUGAGACACAGCAAACAUCUGCCAACAAUGAGGUCCUGUUGGUUGUCACAGCAAACUAUGGCCGUCCAGUCCGCUUUGUUGCCCACUACAACGUGAGCUCUUGUGAUGGCAUGUAAAGAAUGGCGUACUAGGAGUGAGACUCAAAUUGGCAUCAUCUACGCUGAAAAGAUGUAGUCUGUCCAGCAAGCAAUUUUUCCAACAGAUUUCAGAAAUAUGUGUCAGAGCAGGCACGAUGUGGAGUGUCACCUGUACUACACAGGCAUACCACUAGUGUUUCAUUCCAACAUCUAACCUUGGCUGUAGAUGACAAGUUGCUAUAGCCGGACUGAGAUACCUUCUAUUAUUAGUGUUAUUAUAGAUGGCCAGAAGCACUUAGAUUUACCAUGCCUGAGCCACAUAAGCGUGUGAAAAAUAACUAUUCCAGUGAUAUGGUAUAUUAUAAGGUGGCGUGUCCAUCUUAUUGGACUUAAUUGAGUGAUUCUAUCAAAAAAUUGCACUAAGAAGACCAAGUUAGUUAAAUAUAGUUUGUGUGUUAUAUUGGCUUCUUGGUAAUGCAGUUAAAUUCUGAUGAAUCACAAUGUAAGGCAUGGGUGUAAUUAGUAUUUCUGUAUAAAAGCAAGAGAGCAACUGGGUUGCGAUUAAGCUGUUAUUUAAUUGAUUACAGAAACGUGCAAAAGAUGGGUUAAGUGCAUUAAUAAAAUAUCAUUAAUACAA